AUGGAAGAUUAAUGGUUUCUAAAUGGAAAGAAAGUAAUCAAACAAUAAAUGCUAUCAAAAUCAUCACAUCAAAUAAUCAAUGGAGUAUCAAUAACAUUGGAAGCCUCAUUUGGAUGCUUGCAAAAUCCAAUAAGAAAAAACUGCAUGUUUGUGAAUGAUGACACUCUCAUGUUUAUAAGUGGUAAGCAUAUAGUGCUUUACGACAUCAUCAGAAAACGAUAAACCUACAUCAUGAAGAGUGCCGAAGAUGAAGUGGUCUAAGCAUUGAGUUUCCAUGUUUCAAAUGGACAGAAAUUAUUCAUAGCAAUAGCAUUCAAAUCUACAAGCAAGAUUCUUCCGACAGUCAAAGUGUACAAUAGAAAAAAGAAGCGCUUUUAUUAAUGUGUGCAUUCCCAUCUAUUACCUAAUAGCAAUAUUCAUGAGAUUCUGUUCAUUAACGAUGGGAAGGUAUCAUAUAUAAUGAUAAUUAGCAUCUAAUAUCAUUGUCAACAUAGGAGGACGGUUAUGGAAUGAGUUUAUUUGCAAUUAGCAAAGAAGUUUCACUUUCUUAUACACUCAUCAAAUAAAAAAUUAACAUGUUGGAACCCAUAAGUGAUUUUGAAUUUUUUUUGAUUGGACCCUAGUUUUUAACAUCAUACAAGUAUUAAGCAGAUAUCAGUGGGUUAGAAGUCUAGAAUAAUUUGAUAUCUAUCUUAGAAUUAUAAUAAGAUGAAAGUAUUGUAGGUGUUUGCUAUAAUACUGAAAGGAAAUACACCAUUGUAGGAACUAGCAAAAACAAUCUCAUAAUGAUCAAAGGAGACAAGAAAGUUGGACAAUUUGAGCUACAAACUCAAUAGAAAGAAUCAAAUCAUUUAUUAUGUAAGCUUCAUCAUUAAUUAAAUCAUAGAAUAGAUUAAUAAGGAUAAGAAUAAACCAACUGAACAAGAAAAAUUAGUGAAUGUUAAAAUAUCUACUAUAGCCAAGACCAAUAAAGGAUUCAUAAUUGGUUUAAUAGGUAAACCUGCUUUGUAGGUGUAUGAGAUUGAAUAAGAUGGAUCUGAAAAAGAGUAGUAUGUCUUAAAUUUGGUCGGUACUUACUUCAUAAAGGAUGAACAUAUCUAUGGAAUUCAUUAAAUUCAUUUGGCCUCAGAUGAAAUGUAUGCAGCAUUAACAGUAAUUUACUUCAAUCGUUCUGCAUAUUAAGUAGCCUUGGGAUCCUAGUAGGCGUUGAGUAAUAUAGUUUCAUGUGAGUAAAUCUUGGAGAAUUACUAAGGAAAAUUAGAAUUGUUUACAUUUAAUUUAGCCAUUGUAGAAGCUUUGAAAUCUGUUCAAAAAGAUCCAUUUGAACCAUUAUUUGAGAAAGGCGUACACAAGGGCACUAUUUUCAAUAUUGCUACAACACCUAUGAGAUCUAUAAUAGCAUCAGUGUGUGAUGAUAAGAAUAUCAAAUUUUGGGAUUAUUCAAACGACUUUAAAGAAAUGUUCUCUCAUCAAUUUCAUGAAACUCCAUUAUCUGUGGCUAUACAUCCAUUAAGUUAUUAAUGUGCAAUUGGAUUCAAGGAUGGGUAUAGGAUAUAUAAUAAUAUUAACUAGUCUUCGGUUCUAUUUUAUAUUGGAUGAUGACCUUAAAUUAGUUCACAAUGAAACCACCAAGGUUUGUAAUGCACUUACAUAUAGUGAAGGAGGACACAUCUUGGCUGCUGCAAAUGGUAAUCAAAUUCAAUUAUAUAAUCCAUUAACUUAUAAGAUGAUAAACGUGUUGCCUAAUCAUCAAACAAAUCUGAAGGAUCUACUAUUUAUAGAUAGAGUAUUAAAUUCCAUUAAAUAUAUUAAAGGACAAUCUGUUGAUUUCCCAAUGCCAAUUUGGAAUAUUAUAUGUUUGGAAUCUGCUCUCUGGGGAAAGAAUAUUAGAACAUGCUCAGAAGCAGAACAAGUAUCAAAGUUUAUGUUAUGACUUCGAAUACGAUCUUGUUGUUGGAGUUUCAGAUUAGAAAUUAAAGGUGUAUCAUGAAAAGGGUCAGAACAUGGUCUUAGAAGUUGACACAUCUCCUACUUAAUUUAGUGCCAUCUGUAUUAGUCAUAGAUAUAAUGCCAUCUUCUUUGGAACUACUUAAGGAUCCAUUAGAGUUUAUUCUUAUCCAUUUUAUCAUUUCAAUCCCAAAAUGAUGGAAUCCAUCGAGAUUCCUGUUCAUUAAUUGGCUGUUACUGCCAUUAAAGUAUCUCCUGAUAAUAGUUAUUUGAUAAGUUCAUCAAUUGAUGGGAGUAUAUUCUUUAGUAAAAUCAAACAAUUCAUUAAUGGAGAAGAGGUACUCAACCAUUUCUAUAAUAUUAGAUUACACAAUUAGAUCUGAUAACUAGAGGAGAUAUAGAGAAUAAGAUUACUAAUACUUUUGCACUUAAUAGUUUGUGUUUGUGUUCGACAACUGCUUAAGAAAUAAGACAAGAAUAGCUGAAGGAGUUGGAAUAUAGAUUGUAGAAUUUUAAGAGUGACAUCGAUGAUGCUAAGGAAGUUCAAUUGAAUAAUAAUGACUAUAAACUUAAGAAAAUAAGAGAUGAGCACGUUAAGGAGGUUCAAAAGGUUUAAGAUUAACUGUCUCAAACAAUUUAGCAGUCUGAUGCCAAAAACAACAAGAUUAAGGAAGAUAAAAAGAAUUUAAUUGCAACUUCUAAGAAAACCAUAGAGGAGAUGAACGAACAAAAUUCGAAGAAAUUAUUGUCGAUUUAUGAUAUCAGAGACAAAUUGAACGAGAAAUUAUAAAACAUUAUUAAACAACAAGAUGAAGAAAAACGUUUAGUGAAUUAAGAAUAUUAAUAAUCGAUCUCGUAAGUGGAUGAUGAAUACUGUUAAAAAUACUAAGACCUAUUUAAUAGAUUCAGUCAAGCUAUGUCCAAUAUGAAAUUAGAUCAAAGGAAAUUUAAGGAAGUCUUGCAGCAAAGUGAGAAAGACUAUGAAACUUUUUAUAAGGAAUCCCAGCAGUCUCUAAAGGCAAAAUUAGAGGAAUUUAACACUCAAACAGAAAUAUUGAGAUCAAGCAUUUCUCGAUUUAAAAAGGAAAUUGUUAGAUAUUAAAAUAGAAAAGAAAUCUUGCAUAAUUUAAAGAAAGGUAGCGAAUUCAUCUUAUCAAUUUAGAAACUGAUGAGUCUCUGUAAAGUCUACGUUAAGAGUUGAAAGGCUAUGAGGAAAAGCACAAGAUGAUGUUGGCUGAUUUAAGAGAGAAAGAGAAGCUUAUCAAUUAAAGGGAAUAGCAAAUAAAGGACUUUAGGAUGAAAAAUGUACAUUUACAAAACUUUUAAAAAGUGUAUGAUUAUAGAGUGAACACACUAAAAGAUGAAAGAGAGCCACUUAUGGAUCACCUAAAAAAUAUGGAAGUAAAUCAUUGAUUAAAAUUAUCUAGAAACACGUCAAGAAUCUCUACAAUGAAUUGAUAGAAGAAUCAGGAUUGAAGCAAUCUAGGAUUGAAGAAGAAAGAAAAUUAAUUACAGAUUUAAAUAUAUUUAAAAACUAACUCAAAUCUGCCUUAACUGUUUUAUCUUUAUCCAAAAGAAAUAUGGAUAACUUUAAAUCUUCUAUUUAAACAUUAAUUAAUAGUGACACUGGAGAUUGGCCAGAAAAAUUGGAAGAAUUGUAUCAUAUGGUGUAAGAAGAAAAUAGCAAAGCAAUCACUAUUAAAAAUCCUGUGUUUUAAGAAACAUUAAAGGAUAUGCAAAAGGAUCCUCUAUAAUAACAGAUUGAUCAAAGCUAAUAGAAUGCCAUCUAUAAAGCAUUAUCAAGCUAGAAACAAUACUUACAAUAGAGUCUCUCUGAAGUUGAGGCUUCUGUUAAGUAUCAACUUGGUUAAAGAGUUGUUGCUCAUGAUACUAUUCAGGAUUAAAACAAGCAUCUCAUAAAACAAUGCAAAGAAUUGAGAGAAAUUAAAUAGGAACUGAAAUCAAAGUUAGAUGGCAUGAAUAAGGAAUAUAGAGAGAAAAAGAGAGAGCUAAAUAGUUAGGGCAUUGAAAUACCAGAAGAAAAUGAAGAUGAUAAUUAAUUUGGCAGGACCUAUGCCACUACUUUUACUUCAAUAACAAGAACACCUGGAACGAAGUCACAAUAGAAUUUUAGAACAAAAAUUAUUAGAAAUAUAGGUUGA